UAGCUAGGCAAGUUACAUGCUUCUAUUCCACUGCUCCUCCCCUCCUUUCAGUUUCCAGAAUCCAGACAUUCUGUGGAAAUCUGAGUCGUCGUGAACUGCAAGAUUCACUUCCAUCCAAAAGAUGAGGAGGGUUAAUUUCAGUGGACUAGCCGCCGUCUUCAGAGCCGCAGGGGGCGUUGCCGCGGUGUCCCCGGCGGCAUCUACAAGCGCCACAGCCAGCCACCAAUUUGCUCAAGUUGCUCUGUAUAGUAGUACUACCAGCAACAACAAUUCAUAUUCCAAUGCAAAAUCUCGCUGGUUUUUUGGUAAUUAUUCUGAUACGGCUCUGAAUUCCGGUUUCGCCGUUGCUGGAGCCGUUGUUUUCUCGGUGGCGGCUUCGUCGUUAACCCAAGAGGUUUAUGCUAAAGAACCGUUGCCGCCCGAUGUUCGCCCUGAUGACGUCGUUCUUUAUCAGUAUGAAGCUUGCCCCUUUUGUAAUAAGGUUAAAGCAUUUCUCGACUACUAUGAUAUUCCUUACAAAAUCGUGGAAGUAAAUCCUCUCAGCAAAAAGGAAAUCAAAUGGUCCGCUUACAAGAAAGUGCCUAUACUUAUGGUAGAUGGUGAACAGAUGGUUGAUUCAUCAGCUAUUAUUGAUAAAUUGUUCCAGAAAACUCAUCCUAAUGUACCUGUCAAACCAAGUCCAGAGGCUGAUGAUGAAGAGAAGAAGUGGCGCGAGUGGGUGGAUAACCACUUGGUGCAUAUGUUGUCACCAAAUAUAUAUCGGAAUACUUCAGAGGCCCUUGAGUCAUUCGAGUACAUUACCAGUCAUGGUAACUUUAGUUUUACCGAGAGAGUAGCAGCAAAGUAUGCUGGAGCUGCAGCAAUGUAUUUUGUGUCCAAGAAAUUAAAGAAAAAAUAUAAUAUAAGUGAUGAACGUGCAGCCUUGUAUGAAGCUGCCGAGACAUGGGUUGAUGCAUUGAAUGGCCGCGACUUUUUAGGUGGGGCAAAACCCAAUUUAGCUGAUCUGGCUGUGUUUGGUGUACUGAGACCCAUCCGCUACCUCAGGUCUGGGAAAGACAUGGUAGAGCACACGCGUAUCGGUGAUUGGUACUCGAGAAUGGAAACCGCGGUGGGGAUACCUUCUAGGAUUCAGGCAUAACUGCUAGAUUUCUCCACCGUAAGUUAAAAAGUGUUUCAUCAGCUAGCAAUACGUGUCAAAACAGUUUAUCUGGGCUGAGAACUGGAGCCAGUAAUUCUUCUUUGGUUCUUAUUGAGACGACAUUACAAUUUUGUUCAAUUCUCAGGGAGAGUGGGUGCACUUGUUGAGUUAGGGAAUUAUUUUUUUUGAAUCUGUUGAUAUAUAUAGCAUAAUGUGCUCAACAUAUGAUUGUGCAGGGAAGGUUGUUUCAUUUUUUUUCCCCUCUUGUGCUAAGACAUCUGACAUCUCAUGUUUACUCUGCCAAAUUGAGCACUCUUAAUUUCCUUGAUAGUACUGUUUUUGGGCUAACAUUAA